AUGUACACCGACGACUUGAAGAUAUACCGAACCAUCAGCUCGUUGGUCGAUUGCGCUGUUUUACAGCAAGACAUUGACAUCGUAGUCAGUUGGUCUGCCGUCAAUGGAAUGGAGAUGAACGCAACGAAGUGCAAGCUAAUGACCAUCGCCACCAGCCGGACGGAAGCUCGCCCGGAACCACCGCUUGGCAACGGUGGCGGACAAGGUGGUCCGGGUGGUCCCUAUCCGCCGUCUCGUCUAUCGGAUCCCGGAUACAGCUACCGGCCACCAUCGCCGUCGAUUUCCGUCAACAGUUACGGGUCAGCCACUGCCGAGUAUGCUCCACCGAAGCCCAUAAUCCACAAACAUGUGUACGUGCACGUUCCCCCGCCGGAGCCCGAAGUGCCCGUCACCAGGAAACCCAUCACCGUGCCACCACCCCAGAAGCACUACAAAAUCGUCUUCAUCAAGGCUCCGUCGCCACCGACGCAGGCCCCGCCGGUGAUCCCACCGUUGCCUCAGAACGAGGAAAAAACCCUAGUCUACGUGCUGGUCAAGAAGCAGGACGAACCGGAGGAAAUCAUCAUCCCGACGGCCGCCCCGACGCCUCCCUCGAAACCGGAGGUGUACUUCAUCCGCUACAAAACGCAGAAGCAGGAAGCAGGGAGUUUCGGUGGUCCGUAUCCGGACAGUGGCACCCCAAGCAGAGAGUACGGAGCGCCGCCGCCGGGUCCAAACCCCAGCACCAGCUACGGUGUCCCGCUAUAG